AUGGGAUCGCUCGACUCAUCGUCACUCAUCACGGGCCUCGCCCACGUCAACCUCACCGUCCCGGCCGGCACGCUCGAGCAGGCCAACGAGUUCUACGGGACGACCAUGGGCCUCACGCCGCGGGCGGUCCCGCAAUUGCAAAAGGGCACUUUGGCGUGGUUCGACAUUGGGUCCUCGGGCCAGCAAGUGCACGUUGCGUUUGGCGCGCCCUCGGAUUUCGAGAAGCGGUCGUCGCGGCAUCCGUGCUUUCGGCUGGCGUCCCCGGAGGCGCUUUUGCAGCUGAGGCAGAGGAUCUGGGAGCAUUUCGUGCGCGGCGGCGAGGCGGCGCCGACCGAGGCGGACAAGCCUGGAGAUGUCAAUUCUGGAUCCCAAGGCGUGGAAUAUCCGCAACGGUUCUUCGCCAGAGACUACGCCGGGAACAGGCUCGAGUUCAGCCUGUAG